AUGGCGGCUUGCUGCCGCGAUCCUUUCCAUCUGAUCCUGCGCGCGACGGUGACGGAUGGCCGUGACCUGCGCAGCUACAUGCGUUCCGGGUCUAUUGCCGUGUGUCGAGCGCUGCUAGACCGGCUGAGCGGCACCACAGUGGGCGAGGUGCUAGCAGCCAGCGACAGCGAGCCUUCGAGCCUGCUGCCCGCGCCGCUGGAUGUAGCGCCUUACGCUCACGUGUCAGCAAACGCCACGUGCGGAGGCGCCGGUGCAGAGGAGUUCUGCAGGGACACGCCUGGCAAACGAGGCGUAGUCUGCGAUGUGUGCGAGGGGUCCGUCGGGCCGGAGUCGCGGCGGCACCCGGCGGCGUACGCGGUGGACGGGGACCCAUCCACCUGGUGGCAGAGCCCCACCCUCGCCGAGGGGGACUACGGCAAUGUGGAGCUCGUCGCCACCCUGCCUGAUAAAAUGGAGCUCCUCCACGUCAUCAUCAAAGCGGGUCCCUCCCCCCGCCCCCUUGCGUGGUCCCUUGAGGUUUCCCCCUCGGAGACCAACGAGGACUGGCGCCUGGUCCGCGCCUUCGGGGACCGGGACCACUGCCGGAAGCUUUGGGACCUCAGACCAGAGAGACGAAGACGGAAAGCCAGGGGCACCAAGUGGAAAAGAGCGGCCAAGAGGAUCAACCGAGCUGAUAAGCCAGCCUGCUCCACACAGUUUGUGAGUCAGAAGCCACUCGAGAGUGGGGAGAUGCACGUGGGCCUAGGCGAGGGCGUGGCGGCGCGGCGCGUGCGCGUGUCAUUCCGCGCUGCGCACGCGGCGUCCGCGCGCCAGCAGUACUAUACUGUGCGCGCGCUUACGCUGGCUGCGCGUUGUUUAUGCCACGGGCACGCCGCGCACUGCAAUGUUAAUCAUGAGGGGGCCAAAUGCGACUGCGAGCACGACACGUGCGGCAACCACUGCCAGCGCUGCUGCUCGGGCGGCGCGUGGAGACCGCACGCGGCGUGCGCUGCGGGCUGCGCGUGUGGCGAGCGCGGCGCGUGCGUCGACGACGCCGGCGACUUGCUGUGCGUCAACUGCACGGAAAACCGAGCUGGACCACUGUGUGACCGCUGCCUGCCCGGUUUCUACAAUAUCUUGCCUGAUGGACCUUGUUUGCCUUGUGACUGCGAUCCUGAAGGCUCUGAUGGGACAUGCACCUGGGACCGUAAACACUUGCGACCAACCUGCGCGUGCCACGAAGGCUUCGCGGGUGCUUCGUGCGACUCGUACGAGGACCCGACGGCUGUCUUCCCUGCGUGCCAGGAACCACCCGCCCCGGUGUGCAAGUGCGAUCCCAGGGGGAUUGUGGACCCUAGUCGCGUCUGUGACGAUGUCUGCGAGUGCAAGUCGAACGUGGUGGGCGAGCAUUGCGACGCGUGCGCGGCGGGACACUUCUGGGCGGGCCCGCGCUGCGCGCCCUGCUACUGCGCGCACGUGGCUGAUGCCUGUGCGCCUGCGCAUGAUACGGCGGACCCGCCGAGAGAUGUCAUCCUGCCCAUGGGAGAAGCUUGGCUGAUCAGCGACAUUAUGGCUAACGAAACCUUGGAACCUUCCAUUGAUGAUCAUGGAAAACCCUUUCUCAUUAGUUACGAGGUAAGAAGUUGCCUUUUUAUCGGUAGUUUUGCACAAUUGCAUCUGAGAGCUGCCUGGAAAAUGGAGCUCCUCCACGUCAUCAUCAAAGCGGGUCCCUCCCCCCGCCCCCUCGCGUGGUCCCUCGAGGUGUCUCCCUCCGUGACCAACGAAGACUGGCGCCUGGUCCGCGCCUUCGGGGACCGGGACCACUGCCGGAAGCUUUGGGACCUCAGGCCAGAGAGACGAAGACGAAAAGCCAGAGGCACCAAGUGGAAAAGAGCGGCCAAGAGGAUCAACCGAGCUGAUAAGCCAGCCUGCUCCACGCAAUGCAUGUGGGCCUGGGCGAGGGAGUGGCGGCGCGGCGCGUGCGCGUGUCAUUCCGCGCUGCGCACGCGGCGUCCGCGCGCCAGCAGUACUACACUGUGCGCGCGCUCACGCUGGCUGCGCGUUGUUUAUGCCACGGGCAUGCUGCGCACUGCAAUGUUAAUCAUGAGGGGGCCAAAUGCGACUGCGAGCACGACACGUGCGGCAACCACUGCCAGCGCUGCUGCUCGGGCGGCGCGUGGAAACCGCACGCAGCGUGCGCGGCGGGCUGCGCGUGCGGCGAGCGCGGCGCGUGCGUCGACGACGCCGGCGACUUGCUGUGCGUCAACUGCACGGAAAACCGAGCUGGACCACUGUGCGACCGAUGCCUGCCCGGUUUCUACAAUAUCUUGCCUGAUGGACCUUGCCUGCCUUGUGACUGCGACCCUGAAGGCUCUGAUGGGACAUGCACCUGGGACCGUAAACACUUGCGACCAACCUGCAGGUGCCACGAAGGCUUCGCGGGUGCUUCGUGCGACUCGUGCGAGGACCCGACGGCCAUCUUCCCUGCGUGUCAGGAGCCACCCGCCCCGGUGUGCAAGUGCGACCCGAGGGGGAUUGUGGACCCUAGUCGCGUCUGUGAUGAUGUCUGCGAAUGUAAGGUGA